AUGCCAUCACCUGCAACAGUCAAAGAAAUGCAAAGGCUCGCCGGACGAUUAGCAGCUUUGAACAGAUUUUUGGCCAAUCAUGCGGCAAAAUCUUAUCCAUUUAUCAGUACGCUGCGAAACUGCGGAAAGAAAACUCCUUUUCAAUGGACACCUGAAGCAGAAGCAGCAUUCAAGCAAAUGAAAGAAUAUUUAAUUCAGUUACCAACACUGACUGCGCCAAAAGAAAAAGAACCAUUAAUCUUAUACCUGUCAGCCGCGGAGGUAGCAGUAGGCGCAGUAUUAAUGGUAGAACGGGAAAACAUCCAGACUCCAAUCUACUAUAUCAGCAAAAUGCUCACCGGCCCCGAAACCCGUUACUCAAUGAUAGAAAAACUGGUUCUAGCGCUAGUACACGCAUCCAGACGUUUGCGUAGGUACUUUUCAGGCCAUGUCAUCACAGUUCUAACAAAUUAUCAUUUGGGCCAAAUCUUGUCAAAACCCGACGUGGCGGGAAGAUUAGCUAAAUGGGCCAUUGAGCUGGGAGGCUACAACAUUUUUUACAGACCAAGACCACCAAUCAAAGGAGUCUGGACCCUACACACAGAUGGUGCUUCUAAUGACGACGGAGCAGGAGCAGGUCUCCGAUUAGUCAGUCCGGAUAAUCACGAACUUACAUACGCCAUACGCUUAGAUUUCCAAAGCACCAACAAUGAAGCAGAAUACGAAGCAUUUUUAGCAGGUCUUCGUCUAGCACUCAAAAUGGGGGCAAGAAACCUUGAAGCCAAUGUUGACUCAAAGUUAGUAGCUGGACAAGUUAACGGUCGUUAUGACGCGGAGGGAGAAGCUAUGGCAUUGUACCUUGAACAAGCGCGGAUGUUGAUCAACCAAUUUCAAACAUUCAAAGUCAAUCACAUAAACAGAAGCGAGAACAAGCAUGCUGACGCGCUAAGCAAGUUAGCUGCUACCAGCUUUAAACACUUAGCAAAGGAGGUACGCAUAGAGGUAUUAUCCAAUCCUUCCAUUCAUCUCAAGCAAGUAAGCGUCAUAGAAAUGGGAAAUCCAUCCUGGAUGUCUCCAAUUAUUUUGUACCUUCAACACGGAAAACUCCCGGAAGGAAAAGCAGAAGCCCGAAAAAUACAGCACAAAGCAAUAAACUACGAGAUGGCAGAUGGCGUCCUUUAUCGAAAAUCAUUCAUGGGCCCAUUACUACGUCGUGUUGAUAAAACAGACGCUCAGUACCUAGUCAGAGAAAUCCAUGAGGGAUUAUGCGGGAUACACGCAGGACCGCGCAUGGUCGUAGCGAAAAUAAUGAACGCCGGAUUUGGAUUACCAUUGCGCAUUAUUUCCGACAAUGGUACAAACUUCGCCGCGGAAGACCUUCAAAAAUGGUUCAAAGAAAUGAAAAUCGAGCACAACUUUGCCUCCGUUGCGCAUCCUCAAGCGAACGGUUAG